GAAAUAAAAGUUGUUGAAUUGACAUGACAAAGUCUGCAUCAGACAUAACAAUGACACCAAACAAAUUAAAGCAUUUCUUUUAAAGCCAAUAGUUAUACAGUCACGAACUGUGCUUAAAUCAAUCCGAUCACACGAUCGCCUUGUCCUCUUGAAAUUUAAUACCUCAUACUUGUAAUUCCGGCCUGGGUGUUUUUCUAGUAACCUUCUUAGUGACAAAAAAAUAGCGCAUGGCUAUGACGCACCAUAUACAAACACCACGAAGCUGUCGAUUGCUUUACAAUUUAAUCACGAUCUGUGUAUGGUAUUGGAACAUAAACGUGGCCUAGAUAAAUAUCUAACAGCCGAACAAAAGGCUUCAUACCUAUACUUAGGCACGGGUGACUGCGGAUCGUGACGACUCGAGCUGGCAUGUUCACGUUUUCUCACAAUGCCUUGUUUACCGAAUGCCCGGGUACGAGUAUAUAUUGCCUUCGGUUGUGGGAAGCGGCAUUCACUCGAAUUCUUCAAAGCCUGCGGGUCAGGACUUAAGGAAAGCACUUCUUAAUAAUAUAGCUGGUUCGAAGUAUACAUUGACAUCAGAAUAAACGAUGCAUAUUUCAAUGAAGAUUGUGGUCGCAGUGUUGGUUUGUGCAGUUAUCCUAGGCGAAGCCCGACCACAGGGCGGGUCAGGAAAUCAACAGCGGCCUUCGAAAGGGUCCGGAAAGCAGAAGCCCACACCAAUGCAAAGAGCCAAGCCAACGCAGACACCCAAGCCAACAAAUGGUGGCGGUGACGUGAGGCCGCCGAGGAGACCGGAAGCUGUAAAAGGCGCGGGAAAAUUCUGCGGCGCACUCGUGAACGGAAAUAUCACCAACAACAACACGACAUUCGACGGUGUGUUCACCAGCGUCACCGGCGUCUGCACGGAUCUCCUGGCCUGGCUUGAAGCCAACAAGCCGACAUACGCCACGCCUGCUGAGGGAACUGGUAAACGUGGCCCAGCUGGAGUUAAGAAAUCCCGCGGUGGAAAGGACAGUUUCGAGAGUGAUGAUGCCGACCAACCCGCCGACCGCCGCCAUGGCAAUAAGACUGCCGUAGAUAUCCUGCUGCAUGUGUGUGAAGGCGUCGAGAAGAUUCCCGUUGACGACCCGACCAUCCCCGCAGACUUGAAGUACAUCAUCACCCGAUUUGACACCGUGUGUGAUGAGGCAAUAAAACUUGCCGGCGGCUCGGCUCCCACUGACGCCCCAGUCCCGACAGCUGCCCCAAAUUAGGAACCACUUUAUACCAUACAAUAACUUUGCCGAAAAAAAAUUACAACGCAGUUAAUUUUGCCGUUUGUGAUUUAUGUAGCCUAAAAAGAUUAUUGUCAACACACAUAUUAUUGAAGUAAAGCCCUUAAGGCAAAUGUGGCAAAUGUGCAUUAAAGUAGACGCACACAUAAUGCAUUUGACAACGAACUUAUCACGUUAUGGUAGAUUCAAGAGCCUUUUGAAUUUGAAAACUGCUUAGUAGAUAGAUAUACGUUGCAUUUUGAAAGGAAUAUACUGCGUAGGACAAUAUGUUAUAUAUGUUUAAUUCAGUAAAAUACUCGACGCUGGUCGUCUUUCUCGUUGAUACUAUUGUAAGACGAGGCAUUUGAUAAAAAAUGACCAUGAACUCGCAUAAAGCAUUUUGCUUUUGUUUAUUUUAAACUAACAUAAUGUCCAUUUGUUCAUAUUGUUUUACCAGUGGUAUUGUGUCACUUGAAUUUACACCUAUGGUAUAUGUUGUUUUGUGGCCAUGUUUUUUUAAAAUUAAUACUACAAUAAAAAUUACCUAUUU